GCGGCGCGGCUCCGCACUACAGCUCCCAGCGGCCCCCGCGCUGCGGCGCUGCCGUGACGUCAUCCUGGCGACGAGCAGAGCGGGCUGUGGGCCCGGGACCCGUCAAGGCCGCCAUGACCAAGCUGGGGCAGUGGCUGUGUGGACUCGCCUUGCUGGGCUCGGCCUGGGCCGCGCUGGCGCUGGCGCCGCCGGGGCUGCGGCUGCCGGCCCCAUACCGUGAUGCCCUGCUGCCCUUGCCCGUCUACCUGCUGGUGGCCUUCGGCUGCUACUCCCUGGCCACCGUGGGCUACCGCCUGGCCACCUUUAACGACUGCGAGGAGGCGGCUGCCGAACUGCGGGACCACAUCAGUGCGGCACGGGCGGACCUGCGCCGACGAGGGCUGCGCUUCUGACCCUAAUAAAGCUGAGAGACAGUG